CCCGGAAUGAUGAUGGUUCCGAGUCGGGAUAUGAACCAGGUUCCUUUCUACUUGAGGUUCCGGAUGCCUCCGCAUCCGAAUUACCACGAAUACAGUCCCCCGGAUGAAAGGCCGUUGUUGAGUGCGAACCAGAGAUGUUUGCUCGGGGGAAUAAGCUUUGUGCUGGUGGCUGCUUUCGGGACCGCCAUGUAUUUUUGCAAACCCGAGGAAGAGAAGACCGGCAGUCGACGGGGUUCAGUCAAGAAAUCCGCCCAGACUGAAACUGCUGCCCAGGAAGACGAGCAACCGGCUCCAGAGCCAGAAGACCUCGAAUCUCUGAUCGAACAAGGUCCGAAGGCUUAUGGUGCGAUUGCCUUGGUCAUUGCCUUGCUGUUUGCACACAAAUACUGCCAGUGCAAAUAUCCCGAAGAUUUGCGCAAACCCCAGCCCCCCGGAUGUGAAGAGAAGGGUCCAUUUCUGGGCGCGGCUUGUUGCGUUUUCAUGUACUUUUACAAGAUUGCGCAUUGUUUGUACUCGGAUUUCCGGGGAUUGGUGUGUCAGGGUUGCUCUGCGACGGGAGACGAUGCAACCCGGGCCUUGUGCGAAGGUGAUAAGAACCUUGAUUGACUGACCCCCUCCCGCGGUGAUUUCUGGGUCGGCUUUUUCUUUGUCAAUUUAUCGUGAAAUUCUUUUUAUUAUUUUUUUCGACAAUGUGUCGCAUGUGGUGUAAACCUUUUUGGAGUAUUAAACGACCUUUUGGAAAACUUUGA